AUGGGGGCUUCACUAAGACUCCCUUCUCUCACCUCCCUCCUCUUUCCCGCCACCACUCGUUACCCGUCAUCAUCUCUCCGGCGAACCUGCUUCCUCCGGAACAGACCUGCUUCCUCCGGAUUCGCUACAGCUCCGAGCGGCACUGCUUCGCCGGAAACCAAGUCGGAUGCUGAGCGACUCAGGUCGUCGGACCAAGCCGUCACGCCUCGCUCGAAGGACUUCAAUGCGUGGUAUCUGGAUAUCAUAGCCAGUGCUGAGCUCGCCGAUUAUGGCCCCGUUCGUGGUACUAUGGUCAUUCGUCCCUACGGUUACGCGAUCUGGGAAGCGAUUCAGGAGUAUUUGAAUGUGAAAUUCAAAGAGACUGGUCAUAGCAACAUGUACUUCCCUCAGUUUAUACCAUACUCGUUCAUUGAGAAAGAAGCUUCACACGUUGAAGGAUUUAGUCCUGAACUAGCUCUUGUCACUGUUGGAGGAGGUAAAGAGCUUGAAGAGAAGCUCGUGGUUCGACCUACUAGUGAAACCAUAGUGAAUCACAUGUUUACUCAAUGGAUUCACAGCUAUCGUGAUCUUCCUCUCAUGAUCAAUCAGUGGGCCAAUGUGACUAGAUGGGAGUUACGUACAAAACCAUUUAUCAGGACUCUUGAAUUUCUAUGGCAAGAGGGUCAUACUGCUCACGCCACUCCUGAGGAGGCAGAAAAAGAGGCGAAGCAGAUGAUCGACAUCUAUACUAGAUUUGCUUUCGAGGAAACUGCAAUACCUGUGAUUGCAGGUCGGAAAUCAAGAUUGGAGACUUUUGCUGGUGCUGACAUAACCUAUACUAUUGAGGCUAUGAUGGGAGACCGCAAGGCUUUGCAAGCUGGUACCAGCCACAAUCUAGGGCAGAACUUUUCUCGUGCCUUUGAAACUCAGUUUCAAGAUGAGAAUGGAGAAAGGCAACAUGUGUGGCAGACGUCAUGGGCAGUGAGUACACGUUUCGUCGGUGGCAUUAUCAUGACUCACGGAGAUGACACUGGUCUCAUGCUUCCCCCUAAGAUUGCUCCGAUACAGGUAGUAAUCGUACCUAUAUGGAAAAAGGACACUGAGAAAACCGGAGUCCUCACUGCUGCAACAUCAGUAAAAGAAGCUCUGCAUACCGCUGGGAUCAGAGUUAAACUCGAUGACGCAGAACAGAAAACUCCAGGAUGGAAGUUCAAUUUCUGGGAAAUGAAGGGAGUCCCUCUAAGGAUUGAAAUUGGUCCACGCGACGUAUCCAGCAACUGUGUUGUUGUCUCGAGGAGGGACAUACCAGGAAAGGCAGGGAAAGUUUUUGGAAUAUCAAUGGAGCCAUCAACGUUAGUUGCUUAUGUAAAAGAGAAGUUGGAGGAGGUCCAAUCAUCGCUUCUAGAGAAGGCUGUAACAUUCAGGGAUAGUAACAUUGUGGAUGUGAACUCAUACGAUGAGCUAAAAGAGGCGAUCUCUUCAGGGAAAUGGGCAAGAGGUCCUUGGUGUGGCAGUGACUCAGAUGAGCAAAGGGUUAAAGAAGAAACCGGAGCAACCAUUCGGUGUUUCCCGUUUGAACAGACUGGAGAGGCCAAAACAUGCCUAAUGACUGGAAAUUCAGCAGAGGAAGUUGCAAUCUUUGCCAAGUCUUAUUAA